AUGGCAAGCCCAACCGUUCUCACGCCCUCUAUGCGUGCUGAGAGACCGGGCAAGCUGGCCAUUAUGCCCGUAUCAGCUGCACCCUCACAUGGCUCGGCGAUGCAUGUAUCUCCGAGCUCUGGUGCAUCUACGCCGACGUCUGCCAGCGGGCCUCAAUUAGCCAUGAAACCCACGCCCGCUGGUUCGCAUCAUAUCCCCUUAGCAAGCAUGGCUCCUACUCCAGAGCCUCAUGCUCAACAGCCCAAGGUUGGCAUCACCAGCAAGGAAUGGGUGAUCCCACCCCGACCCAAGCCAGGACGGAAGCCGGCCACAGACACUCCUCCUACCAAGCGCAAGGCCCAGAACCGUGCAGCACAGAGGGCAUUCCGAGAACGCCGGGCUGCUCGUGUCGGUGAAUUAGAAGAGCAACUUGAUGAUCAACGUCGCGAGCAAGAGCAGAUCGAGUCAGACUUGCAUGAACGCAUCAGCGGCUUGGACCUCGAAGUGCACAACCUUCGGAGCCACUGUUCAACGCUCGAAGCCAUGCUAGACAAGGAGCGCAAGGAUCGAGAGAUGCUUACGAAUGAGCUUGAAGCUACUCGAAGACAACUUCGGGAUGAAAGGGCGAGCGUGUCAUCCCGUCAUGCAAGCCUGCCUGGCUUACACGCUGCACUCUCGCAGCAUCACACACCACGGAGCAGUAUUGCCAGCACUCAUUCGACCCACAGGAACUCAACCUUUGCUAUAUCCCAGCUUAUCAGUCCACCGAAUCCCGCGGAGUUGGGAAGAUCCAACGAUGGAAGAUCCCACGAAUCUGGUUGUGACCGCUGUGACCCAAAUGGUCCAUGCGCAUGCAUAGAGGAUGUCCUUGCCCAUGCAGGGCCUGUGGCGGAAUGCGGCAACUGUAGCCUCGGAUCAAGGUGCGAAUGCCUCGAAGCCGCUCUAAACACAUCAACCAAUACAGACUCAGACCUGAAGCGAAGACAAUCUUCCACCUCGCCACUCGAACCAGAGGAAAAGAGACAGAGACAAAACCACGAUGAAAACGAGAUCGACUUCACUGCCAUGUUUUCCCGUAAAAGGACGACGGCCGUUGUCGAACCCGCACCAGAACCAGUACAACAGACCAACAUGAUGCCACCCCGCGACUCCUGCGGCUUCUGCACAGAGGGUACCUACUGUAUGUGUGCUGAGGCAGCUGCCGCGGAAUCACAGCUCGCGCCCAUUGGGUCACAAGUGCAGACUCCCCCACCAGACUCGGACAAUGACAUGGGUCCCAUUGCUAUGGAGUUUACAGCAACAGGAGCGGUCAAGCUUCCUCGUCUCUCCAGUCUGAACCGUUCCAAGGCUGCCACCAACAAGCCUAGUAGCUGUGGGCCUGGCGGGCCUGGCACCUGCGCUCAGUGUAUCAUGGAUCCCAAAGCAGGCCUCUUCUGUCGCAGUCUUGCUGCCACAUUGGGUACCUCUGGCAGCAGCUCCAAAGCCUCCGGUGGUUGCUGCGGAGGUUCCGCUGGCGGCGGUGGCUGCUGCAAGUCAAAGCCGGCUGCUAGUCCAAACAUUGGUCUGUCUGUGGCUGAUGCUUACAAGACUCUGUCCAGCCAUCGUAACUUUGACAAGGCAUCAGAUGACAUUGCCUCAUGGCUUCCCAAACUACGGGCUGUGCCAAGGCCACAAGAGGUUGGCGAAAGCAACGCUAGACGCUCUCAUAUUGAAGUUGAAACAGCAAGUAUAAUGAGUGUACUCAAGGGAUUUGAUGUCAGAUUUGGAAGAGAGCCCUAG